AUUAAUGCUCCUUCAGCUCUAUGCUUUUCUAAAUGACAAGAACGCAAUGAUUAGCUCCUACAGCAGAAAAGGUUGGUAAUGGAGUCACCAAAACUAGAAGCAGUUAACUUAGGAAAAUCUAUAAUAGUGCCUAGCGUCCAAAAGCUGGUGGAAGAGGGAUCUCUAUUCAAGAUACCACCUCGAUAUGCAAUACUUGAUCAGGACUUUCCAACUGUUUCUGGCGAUGGGUCUUUGCUUUUAUCGGUUCCGGUUAUCGAUCUUGAAAAAUUGGUUGCCGGAGAUUCCAUGGAUUCUGAAUUGGAGAGGUUGGAUGCUGCUUGCAAAGAGUGGGGUUUCUUUCAGAUUGUAAAUCAUGGAGUGAGCACUGAUUUGAUAGAAGGUUUCAAGCUAGAAGUGAAGAAUUUAUUCAAACUUCCAUUUGAAGACAAGAAAAAGCUGUGGCAGCAACCUGACAAUUUUCAAGGGUUUGGACAGACCUCUGUAGUAUCAGAAGAACAAAAGCUAGACUGGUCUGACAGGUUUGCUAUUAACACCCUUCCUCUCACUGCCAGGAACAAUGAUCUUUUCAACAAAAUCCCUCCAACCCUCAGAGAGAUUUUGGAAACUUAUGCUAGUGAAAUGAAAAAUCUUGCCAUAAAAAUGUUAGGCCUGAUGGCAAAAGGUUUAAAGAUGGAUAGCGAAGAAAUGAAAGGGUUAACCAAUUAUGGUUUACAAGUAAUCAGAAUGAAUUACUAUCCUACAUGCCCUGAACCAGAAAAGGCCAUCGGUCUUACUCCUCAUUCUGACGCUGCUAUUUUAACAAUUGUGCUUCAACUCGAUGAAACUGAAGGGCUACAGGUUAGAAAGGAAGGAAAAUGGAUCCCUGUUAAACCGCUUCCAAAUGCUUUUGUUGUCAACAUAGGAGACUUGUUGGAGAUUGUGAGCAAUGGUGUAUACCGGAGCAUUGAACACAGGGCAACUGUGAAUUCAACAAAGGAGAGAAUCUCUGUUGCAACAUUCUACACUGCAAAUCUAGACGGUAUUUUAGGCCCUGCAGCCAGUCUUAUUGGUCCUCAUAAUCCGGCAAUCUUUGAUCAAAUUCAGGUGGAGAAGUACCUAAAGGGAUAUUUUACUCGAAAAUUGGAUGGCAAGUCCUUCCUUGAGUGCAUGAGAAUAUAGAAGAUGAAGAAAACAGAAUUUGAAUCAAUAAAUUGAUGAGCUAGCUAGGUCCUGGAAUGCCAAUAUGCAAGACUAGUUUUCAGAACCAUAUAUGCAUUAGGUUCUUUUAAAAUCUGUAAAAUACUAAAAUCUAUAUUGUUAUCAUAUAAACAGUAUUAUGAAAUAAGAGGAUUGAAAAGUUCCACCAA